AUGGGUGCCAUUGUGUCCAUGCUUGUUACUGCGCUUGGGUAUGCUAAGACCUCGGGCAUGUGUUCUGCAGAGGGAAUUGUGUUCCGGUCGACAGAGGAGACGCCGGGCGACCGCGGGAGGAGCAGCAGUGCGGGAUGCCUUCUGUGCGCCUCGGAGGAAGUGCCUGAGGAAGGAGGCGAAGGAGGCGAAGGAGGCGAAGGAGGCCCCGCCGCGAAGGGCGAACGGUGCCGGCGCGAGCGACCUGUCUCCGCGUGGGGCGUCGGCUACAGGAGCGAGGCUGACCUUCCCGACGCCGUCGCCGAGUGCUUCGAGGACGCGCCGCUCCUGGCGAGGCUCCAGACGCGGCUCUACUCGCUUGUGGGGCGCGCCAGCAGAACAAGAUCACGUGACCAGCUCUUCUCCCAAGCUCUAUACAGAGACGUACCGCUUGCACAAGGGCCUCGCCCCCCCGGCCAUGCCCCUCGACGCCCUCCGCAGGAAAGUGAAGGAGGCCAAGCACCGCCUCCUGCACCACCCCCCGUCCCCCUCCCCCUCGUCCUCGUCGUCCUCGUCCCCCGCGACGACGAAGGGCGGGUCGACCCCCGACACCCUGCGGCACCCUCCCCCCCCCGCGCGCGCCUCUCGAGCCCCGGCCUCAUCACCCCGUGCGACACCCUGGGGAAGCGGCGGCGCCCCCAGUCCCCCGGGGGAGGAGGCCCGGCGGGGGGAGGAGGCUGCUCCUCGCUGCAGCACUACUGGGGCGGCGAGGCGGGGGGAGGCGAGGAGGAGAUCGAGCUCCUGCAGCAGUACCUGAACCUGCAGCAGCUGGCCGUCUCGAGGAAGCACUCGGCGCAGCUGCGGAGGAUCAGGGACUCCCUCCUCGCCCGCGUCAGGAGCAGGCCGGCCUCCAUGAUCAAGACCGCGGGCGGCAACGACAUGAGCUGCGUCGCGCCCGCGGUCCUCACCUCGCCCGCCCACACGCCCGCGAAGGACCGCCAGGCGCUGAGGAACUUCCUGCUGGACAUCGGAUUCGUCCAGUAUUACUCCCUACUCAACAGACACGGAUAUGACCUUGCUUCGGCUGCCCACAUGGAUUCCCUUGACCUCGCUAGUGUGGGCAUCACCGAACCGCUACACCGAAUGGCCGUUAAAUAUGAGUUGGACCUUGUCAAGCAACCCCCCGCCAUCCCCGACGCCGUCCCGGAGACCUGCCAGGAGUGGCUGACGGCGCUCGGCCUGCAGGAGUACGUCGAGAACUUCCACCAGAACGGAAUCUACUGCCCGCUCGCCGCCCUCGGCCUGUCCAAGCGCGACCUGCAGGUGAUGGGCGUGUACAUGCUCGGUCACAGGAAGAAGAUCUUGUUGGCGAUUGCGGGGCUGAAGGAGGCGUUGCUGAGGAAGGAUUGAGGAAGGAGGAGGGAGGAGGAGGAGGAGGCGUUGCUG